AACCCAGAGCAUCCCUAGUUUUCCAUUUCCUUCCCCAUCAAUGGAGAUUCACAUCCCAUACUCUGUCCUCUUCGCCAUCUCUUUCUUCUUCAUUGUAAUACUAAAACGAUCAUUAACCUCCAAGAAAUCAAUCAAAACCCUACCUCCAGGGCCAUCCAAAUUACCUAUCAUCGGAAACUUACACCAACUUGUUGGAUCACUACCUCAUCAUGCCAUGAGAGACUUAGCCAACAAGUAUGGAUCCUUUAUUCAUCUUCAACUUGGGGAGCUGUCCCAUGUCGUUGUCUCUUCCCCAGAAAUUGCCAGAGAGAUCAUGAAGACCCACGACACAACCUUCGCUAAUCGGCCUGCUCUUGUUGCCACCACACUCAUAUCCAAUAACACAGACAUAGCCUUUUCUCCUUAUGGAAACUAUUGGAGGCAACUUCGAAAGAUAUGUACUUUGGAGCUUUUGUCUGCCAAGAGGGUCCAAACAUUCAGAACAAUUAGAGAAGAGGAGGUGUCAGCACUUGUGAAGGAUAUAUCUGAACAUGAAGGCUCCGUCAUCAAUCUCAGUGAGAAGCUUUACGAGCUCACGAAUUUUGUGACCGCACAAGCAGCCUUUGGUGCCAAGACCAAGAACGUUGAACAGAUCCUAUUAUUGAUGAAGCGUACCUUAGAGUUGGCAAGUGGUUUCUCAGUUGCUGAUCUCUUCCCUUCGCUGAAAUUCCUUCAAGUGAUCACUGGCAUAAAGGCUAAGAUUAAUGGAGUGAACGAGGAGCUUGAUCUGAUGGUAAGGAAUAUCAUCAACGAUCAUGAAGAAAAGAAGAAUCGCAGUGGUCAUAUUGGUAAAACAGAGGAUCUGGUUGAUGUUCUCCUAAGGAUUCAAAAGGAAAAUAACCUUGAAUUCCCUUUGACUGAUAGGAACAUUAAAGCUAUCAUAGCAGAUGUUUUCCUUGGUGGAACUGAAACAUCAGCAUCAACAGUAGAGUGGUCAAUGUCAGAACUUCUUAGAAAUCCCAACAAAAUGAAAAAGGCACAAGAAGAGGUAAGAAGGCUUUUCGGAAGCAAAGGCUACGUAGAUGAAUCAGAAUUUUGUCACUUGAAAUAUGUAUCUGCAGUCAUAAAAGAAACUCUGAGGCUACACCCUCCUUUGCCACUUUUGCUUCCAAGAGAAAACAGCGAAGGCUGUGAAAUUAAUGGUUAUGAAUUGCCACCUAAGACUAGGGUCAUCAUCAAUGGUUGGGCAAUUGGAAGAAAUCCAAAGUAUUGGCAUGAAGCUGAAAGGUUUGAACCAGAAAGGUUCUUGAAUGCCUCAGUUGAUUACAACUUUAAAGGCACAGAAUUUGAGUACUUGCCAUUUGGUUCUGGAAGGAGGAUAUGUCCUGGAGUCUCAUUUGCUACAGUUCUUGUGGAAAUCAUGCUCUGCAAUUUGCUUUACCACUUUGAUUGGAAGCUUCCUGAUGGAUUAGAGCACGAAAAAUUGGACAUGACUGAGAAUUCUGGCCCUACAGUGAGGAGAAAAAAUGAUCUUUGCUUGAUUCCUAUCACAUAUGACCCUUAAUUUGUCUGCGUUAUAUUAUGUAUGUUUCUGAGUUGAGUCAAGAUAAUAUUGUUUAAUAAUUAUAUAAUUUCAUAUUUUUUGUAGAAUAAAGUUUAUUUAAACGUUUCCUUUCUCUGUUG